UCCGCUAUCAUUGAUUCCGGGUUCUGUUUGGAGUUAGCGCAGCUUGGAGACCUGUAGAGCACAGCAUUGUGGGUCCAUACAGUCGUAGACAAAUGCAAACACUAGAGGAGCACUGCUGGAGUUGCUCUUGCACCCGAGGAAGAGACAAGAAGGUCAGCACUUGGCUACCCCAAAGAGUUGGAAAAGCCAUGUCCUCCUUAAACUCUCUCCUCAGUCUGGCCUACAGAACCCUAGCCAGCAGUGAAGGUCGCAGUCUUAUCCGGAGAAGCCUAGUACUCUUUUCCGUGGGUGCUUUCCUUGCUCUGGUCCUCAAUCUGCUUCAGGUCCAAAGGAACGUGACUCUGUUUCCAGAGGAAGUCAUUGCCACCAUAUUUUCCUCAGCUUGGUGGGUCCCCCCAUGUUGUGGAACUGCAGCUGCUGUUGUAGGACUGCUGUACCCCUGCAUUGACAGUCGUCUUGGAGAACCCCAUAAAUUCAAGCGAGAAUGGGCCAGUGUGAUGAGGUGCAUAGCCGUUUUUGUUGGAAUCAACCACGCAAGUGCUAAACUUGACUUUGCCAAUAACGUCCAGCUGUCUUUAACACUCGCAGCCUUGUCUUUGGGACUGUGGUGGACCUUCGAUCGUUCCAGAAGUGGCCUGGGACUUGGAAUUACAAUAGCCUUCCUUGCCACUCUUAUAACGCAGUUUCUUGUCUACAACGGAGUAUACCAGUACACCUCACCAGACUUCCUAUACAUUCGAUCUUGGCUGCCAUGUAUCUUUUUCUCGGGAGGAGUAACGGUCGGCAACAUAGGAAGACAGUUAGCAAUGGGUUCUUCAGAAAAGACACACAGUGACUAAAGGGAUGUAUGCACCACCGAACAGGGAGAAUGUUGGAAAACCCCAUAACAAUCCGCAGAAUUCACUACAGCAACGAAACUUCAGUAUAAAACCUGUUGCUUUGUUUCCAGUCACUGCACGGUACUUAUGAUUUUAUCAUUUAUGGCGGAGAAAAGCCGGACACACCUCUUCCAUCAUUAGGGUUUCUGAUCUCCCUGCAGGAUGGGAACAUUUUGAGAAGGUUCUGUGCAGACUUGGCUUCACGAUACAGUAUUACAUUUUCCAAUUGCGAUACGGAAAAGAUUUGUGGAAGCUUCAAGGCGUUUGCGUUCUGUGAAGAUUUACAGAUCUGGGUGCUGAUAAAAGAAGAGUUUGCGUUUCGAUAGGAGCCUGUUAUUUAUCCUAAAUGUCAAAUAAGGCUGUAGGUAAAAAGGCAGUGUUAGGUAUUGCUGUAAAGAAAAGAUUGAUUGGUGCUACAUAUAGUAAAGAACUCCAACAGCAGUGGGCUGGGCACCGUUAUUCCCCACUGUUUGAAAGCGAAAAGGGAAAUGCUCAGACAGACCGAGUUGGCAGCUUAUUGGCCCGUGUGCGGCCAUCCGAUGGCUUCUCCGAUCAAUAUCUCGAUCACGCAGGUUAAAAAAUCGGUUCCGCGAUCCGUCCGCCCGUAUCAGAUCCGUUAUGAUCCGAUCGUUGGGCCCCAGAUCGGAUCAGCACGAUAUUGCCCACUUCACUGUGGGCAUAUCGGGAAGAGAUCGCCAAACGAGCAGAUCUCUGUCUAUGGCCACCUUUAGAGGCUAAGCACAUAAAAUAUACUACCAGUAGGAUGAGGGUUUUAGUUCAACUUUGCUAUGGGAGUAAACGCAGGGGGGAAUCCACAGGAGAA